AGUGGGAAGCAGAAAGUGGGAAGCGGAAAGUGGGGAGCGGAAAGUGGGAAGUUCUAUGGCUGCAGCUGCCAACUGCGCGUAUACGUAAUUUUAUGGCCAAGGCUUCGGCUUGUUCGCUUUCGGCUCAGCCUUUGUUAUUGUUUAUGAGGCACUGGCACUCUUAAAGCGAUUUAAGCCAUCCCACUACCAUUCUCACCCACCGCCAACCAAUUAGACAGAGAGUCAGCCAUGGAAACAGAGUAGGAAAUACAAGCCAUUGGCCAUCAAAAUGUUCGCUAUCACAGCAACCUAAAAGCGUAUGUGAGUCUGAAUUUAACUAGGUUUUUAAAAAUUCGAUAGAUUCGAUAUAUCACAGCAAAAAGUUUGCUUACUUCUCGAAAUACUAAUAGCGGGAAAGAAAUACCUUAUCUGGCAGAAAAUCCACUCCCAAGCGGCGUACUUGGUGCCACUGUGCAAUCUAUUUAUGUUUGACUUCGUGUGCGACCAUGACGCAUGCCCCCCGUUCCGCCGACGGGCUUUCUUCCGUUUGAUAAGAUACGGAACAGUCUACGGCUUCGGGAAAGACGGGAACCACGUACCCGUAACCCAUAUAAAUAUAGACGGGCAUAAUUUAAUAACGAGGCUGGAUAAUUGCCGGCUUUGCCAUUAUUUAUAGUUCACACCUGUAGCAGACACAAUGGGAAACAUGCACUUUCGGGAGACAUGGGAAAUAGUGGCAGGAGAUUGGAAUGCCAGAGAUUUACGGCUGUGUUUAUCGCGUUUCUUUAUGUACCCAAAGCUCGCAAAUGAAUUCUUUUAUAAAUGAUGAGCUGUAAGCAGCUUGGAAUGUUCCUACAAUCUUUGAAAACGGGCGAAUAAAUGCCCUAUAAAUUUGUCUCUGUUAUUAAUUGUUGUACUCAAUUAAUUUGUUGCCUGAACACCUACAUUAGCAGCUAAAAGUUUUUAGUAUAAAGGUAGCCAAGAAGUGAUUUAGCCAAAUAUGACAAGCACAGGGCAACAAGUUGCUGAUGAGUGACAAUUGGGAAUGGGAAUGGGAAUCGGGCGAGAGCACUGAAAAAUCUGCUAGAACAGGAACUCAUACUAAUGUCGCAUUUAGCCGUUCUGUUGCCAAAAAGAAUACGGGAAAAAGUGUAGAAAAUGCGGCAGGCGACAACAGGCGAAAUGAUUUUCAUUCGCGUACGAAAACAAGCCGCAAACGAGCGGAUGGCCAAGAGAGCGGAGCGAACAAAUGGCUCUGCAAUUUAUUUUUAUACGGAACGAAGCCAAUACAAAUAGCCGUGUGUGUGUGGAUGUGCGGCCGAGGUUUGCCCCUAUAUUUGCGCCUGUGUUUGUUUAUUUAUAGACGCGAACGCGGAGAGUCGAUCGAGCGUUUCUCUCAGUGCGGCAGUUAUCAGGCGAAAGCACAUCAAACCACAAAGGAACCGUAUUGGCAAAAGGCAGCGGCAGAAGCGGCAGUGGCAGCGGCAGCGAAAACAGCUCAAAUCAAAUAGUGUGGGCCAGGCCAGAACAGUUUGAGGCAAAACGCUCGCUCGCGAUGACACAAUAGCCAUAGCAAUAGCGAAAUACCGAAUAGCGAAUAGCGGAUAGCGAAUAGUGGCGCUGGCAACCGAAUUCUGCGCUAAUAUCAAGCAUACGCAACGUGGUGCGCGCCGACCAGCCAUACCAGCUAUAAAUAAAGAAUCGUUCUUUGUGCCAUUUUUUAAGUGCGCAAAACCAAGUGGUUCGGCGGAGUCCAUGCAGCCAGUGAAGUGAAAACGCAAACGCGCAAAAUGUUGAGUGAUGAGUAAUUACAGAAGCCAUUAGGUAUUGUGAAAAACCAAGCGAGAAACAAACACUAAAAUCAAGGGAGUGAGUGCGGGAAAGUUUCGUGGAUAAUCCAGUUCAGCCAGCAGCAGCACAACGGGUCAGCGAUUGCGGGUAGCCGGCGGCAAGCGACGCAGCAACAUGAUCUACAUAGAUGACUCAGAGCCGGAAGGUGUUUUGGAGCCGGCGUUUCCCAUGCGCGAUGUGACCAUAAACCGGAACGUCGACGCCCACAAACUCUACGACGUGCUGGGCGAGGUGGGACGCGGGAAGUUCGGCACGGUGUACAAGUGCAAGGACAAGGCGAACGGGCUGCAGCUGGCGGCCAAGUUCGUCCCGAUCCCGAAGAGGGAGGACAAGCGGAAUGUGGAGCGGGAGGUGGAGAUUAUGAAUUCAUUGCAGCAUCACCUCAUUAUCCAAUUGUACGCGGCAUACGAAUAUCAGAAAAUGAUGUGCGUCGUCCUGGAACUCAUCGAAGGUGGCGAGCUCUUCGACCGCGUGGUGGACGACGAGUUCGUCCUCACCGAAAGGGUCUGCCGCGUCUUCAUCCGCCAGGUGUGUGAGGCCAUGGCUUUCAUCCACGGCAACGGGAUAGUCCACCUGGAUCUGAAGCCCGAGAAUAUCCUGGUGCUCACACAGAAAGGAAACCGCAUCAAGAUCAUCGACUUCGGUCUGGCCCGUAAGUUCGAUCCUGACAAGCGACUCAGAGUUCUCUUCGGCACCCCAGAGUUCGUCGCUCCAGAAGUGGUCAACUUCGACUGUAUAUCCUAUGGAACCGAUAUGUGGAGUGUUGGUGUGAUAUGCUAUGUGCUCAUCUCAGGACUGUCGCCUUUCAUGGGCGAGAACGACAUUGAGACAAUGUCGAACGUAACCAUUGCGAAGUACGACUUCGAGGACGAGUGCUUCAACGGCAUCUCCCCCGAGUGUCUGGAUUUCAUAGCCAAGCUGCUGGCGAAGGACCUGAGCACUCGGAUGACGGCCGCCGAGUGCAUGAAGCACAAAUGGCUCCAGCAGCGGCCGGCCACCGCCGCCACGGCCACGCCCAUCACAAAGGCCGCCUCCGCGGCGUCGAAGUCGCGGCUGAAGUCGGUGUCUCCGGUGACGGCUCCCUCGGAGUCCUCCGAGGACUCCACCGAGACCAUCGAGGACGAGGACGACGAGGAGGAGGAAGUGGAAGUGGAAGUGCAGGCGGAGCAGGCCAAGCAGGAGGCAGCCCAGCAGGACGAGGAGCUGGCCAAGCUGUGCAGCUCCGCCGACCUGGAGGACAAGGAGCUGGACGCCACGAAGGACAACCUGAAGAACUUCAUCGUGCGCUGGGAGACGCACCCGAACAGCCCGUACGUGUUCGACGUGGAGGGCAACGUGAUUGCGCCGCUGGGCGAGACGAGCUACCCGCAUCCCCGCAGGACCCACGGCCAGGACAGCCUCUCCUCCUCCCGAGUUUGCUCGCCCUCGCCCUGCGAAUCCAUCGCCACUCUGACGGACGACGAGCGCGGCGAGGAGGAGGAGGAGCUGCCCGAGGAGGACGAGUCCCGGAGCGCGGACAACGAGAGCCCCCACUCGGUGGCCACGCCCAUCAACGAGUCCCGGGAGAAGCUGUUCCCGGCGGUGGCCACCUCCAGCCCGGCCACGCCCACGCCACAGCACCUGUUCAACGAGAACUUCGACGAGUUCUCCGGCAGCCAGUCCUCCGCCCAGCAGCAGCGCAGCAUGAAGAGCUACCUGCACACCUUCGACCGGCGCAACUCGGACACCACGUACCUCCUGGGUCGCCGCAGCUCCGGCGAGCGGGUCAACCUGGCGGACGAGAUCCGCAAGCUCUCCGACCACCUGCUCAUGCUGGCCGAGAUCAACACCAAGCUGGGCGAUGCCAACAACAACGGCGGCAGUGCGAGUAACAGUGGGAAGUCCGAUCCCGACCCGCCGGCUCCUCCAGCCCCCAGUCCCUCAACUCCGUCCGGCAGCAGCUCCAGCAGGACCUCCGAGGUCAACCAGGAGGGUGGCCGGUGGAGCAGCAAGAGCACCGCCAGCAGCAGCUGGAGCCGGCCGACUGCGCGGGGAGGACUCCUAAGCCAGGCCAGCAGCAGCUCCUGGAGCCAGAGCAGCUACGACGACGGCCAGGGCAAGACCAAGGUCAGCUCGCUGUCGGUGCGGCUGCAGCAGUCCAUCGAGGAGACGCCCAAGCUGAGCAACGGCAGCAGCUCGGCCUCCAAGUCCCUGGUGCAGUCGCAGCGCAGCAAGUCCACCGUGCAGACGGUGAGCAGUUCCAACGCCAGGAGCACCACCAGCCAGCAUGUACAAAGAACCAGCACCACCUCCUCGAAGGUGAUCUCCAGCAGCAGCGCCUCCGCCUCCAGCAGCUCCAGCCACCAGAUCUCCACCAGCGCGGGCCACGAGUCGGCCAGCAGUCGGCGGGCCAAGUUCCGGAUAAACCAGAUGAGCCGGGACGUGCCCGUCGGCCUGCCGGACACGCAUCAAACCGUGAACCUGGAGGAGGCGGCCAACACCACCAAGGACUGCCUGCUGCACCUGCUGGAGAAGUACAACGAGACCCGCAUCCGCAGCCCGAUGGGGCGCCACCAGAGCAUCAGCGUGGACUGGCACGUGAGCGACAACCUGGAGUACCGCUCCAUGAGCUCCAUCAACGCCUUCUUCCAGCGGCACAACCACACCGGCGGCGGCCACAACGUGCGGCACAUCCAGGCCCAGCUGGAGGAGAAGGCGGCGGGGAAGUAGGCGCCCUCCCGGAGUCCACUGUAUAUAUCCGGUUUGUAUAGAUGUAUGUAGGCAGAGAUCGACUUAACGGAAGCUAGGUAAAACUACGAGGUGGCAAGUGGAACCAUUUAAUAUUUAUGUACUUGAUGUAAGCGAUAAAUGAAAUUAAAUUAUUGAAUAAAAGCAAAAACAUGAAAAUCUCUGUUGC